GCGCCGCCGCCUGCCGCUACCGGCGCCGGCCCCGACAGCGCCCCGGAAGGACGCGGCGAGGCCAUGAGGGCCGCGCUGGUAGGGUACAGCAGCUCGGAGGAAGAGGAGGACGGAGAGCACCGGAGCGGCGGCGCCGGUGGUGCCGCGCAGCAUCCUCCCGAGGCCAGCGGCGGCGGCGGCGGCGGCGGCCGCCCCCGUUUGCCCGUCCCCGCCGGGCUGCCGGGCGAUCCGGGAGCGGAGGAGCUGGUGGAGGACGACAGCUCUCGGCACGGUGGCCGCGUCCGCAGCUUCCCGCACCAGCGGGGCAAUUGGGCCACGCACGUCUACCUGCCCUACAGGGCCCGGGAGGAGUUCGUGGAGCUGCUGGAGCUGCUGCUCGCCCACGCCCGCACCCACGUCCCGUCGCUGGCUGCCGCGGAGCGGUUCCACCUCAGCCUCUCGCAGUGCGUGGUGCUGCGCUACCACUGGAUAGAGCCUUUCGUCCGCCGCCUGCGGCAGCGCCUGGCCGCGUUCCACAGGUUUUUCUGUGUGGCUGACCAAGUGAAGGUUUACACCAAUGAAAACAAAACCAGGACCUUCAUUGGUUUGGAGAUCUCUGCUGGGCAUUUCCAGCUGCUGGAGCUGGUCUCAGAGGUGGACAGAGUCCUGGAGGAGUUUGACCUUCCUACAUUCUAUAAGGACCCAUCAUUCCAUAUCAGCUUGGCCUGGUGUGUUGGGGACCUGUCUGGCAAACUGGAAGGGCAGUGUCUGCAGGAGCUCCAGGAGCUGGUGGAUGGCUUUGAGGAUUCGGCGCUGCUGCUGCGCAUCCCCUGGGAGGAAGUCCGCUGCAAGUCAGGCAACAAGCACUUCUCCUUCCCCUUGAGGUAGAAGCCAGUGAGGGGGGGGGACUGUGCCUUUCAGAACCACCCCCAGCACCACCUCCAGGCCCAUCCAGCUCAACAAAGGACCAUUCUCCAGCACAGCAGCUCUGAAGGGCCAUGGCUCAACCUCCUACGCUCCCCUUGCUGGCUCAGCAUCUCUGGCUGGGGAGAUGUCUCUUGGCCUCCACUUGGGGCUGCUUCCAAGUUUGGAGUUGCUGGCUGAAGGGGGGAAAACAAAAGUGAUGCUUUGAGGCAGUUUUUGCCUCCUCUGUGCUGCAGUCAGCAUUUGGUGGUUCCAACCGACCCACGGAUGCUGAUUGCUGCUGAGUUGGGUGGGGGAGAAAAAAACACAGACACAACAAACCACCACCAACACCUCCCUCUCCCCCCAAAUAAGUCUCUCUGAGAAGCCAUCAGUGCCUGGUGGGAAGGAGGAAGAAGGUUGGGUGGGAAGGAGGAAGAAGGUUGGGUGGGAAGGAGGAAGAAGGUAGACUGAGAAGAAGGUUGGGUGGGAAGGAGGAAGAAGGUAGACUGGGAAGGAGGAAGAAGGUAGACUGGGAAGGAGGAAGAAGGUAGACUGGGAAGGAGGAAGAAGGUAGAGUGAGAAGGAGGAAUAAGGUAGGGUGGGAAGCUGGUGCUGAAGAGACAGUGUGGGAGUUCUUCAGAGUGGCCUCUUGAAUGCCUUGUUCCUGGGGUGAAGAGCCAGACACUGACCCAAGCAGGGCUGUGCUGGGAUGGAAUGGGCUGAGAGUGAGCAGUGUGGUUGGAAACAGCAGAGCCUGAUUGUAGGGAGGGCUCUGAGUGUGGCCUCUUGUUCCUGGAAUGAAGAGCCAGCCACAGACAGACCCAAGCAGGGUUGUUCUGGGAUGCAAUGGGCUGAGAGUGAGCAGUGUGGCUGGAAAUAGCAGAGCCUGAUGGUGGGGAGGGCUCUGAGUGUGGCCUCUUGAAUGCCUUGUUCCUGGGGCAAGGAGCCAGCCACAGACACUGACCCAAGCAGGGCUGUGCUGGGAUGCAAUGGGCUGAGAGUGAGCAGUGUGGUUGGAAACAGCAGAGCCUGAUGGUGGGGAGGGCUCUGAGUGUGCUUGGAGUAGUAAAGAGGUGAGAACCUGGAGCUGGACUCUCUCACCAGAGCAUCUCCCUGCUGCAAGCCAGCUCUUGGGUCCUGUCCUCUGUCCCUCUCCUGCUGCUGCUGCCUCUGGAGAGAAAUGGCAGUAUCUGAGCUGGGAGGAUGAUGAAGGGCCUGGAACAUCUCUGCUGUGGAGGAAGGCUGAGAGCCCUGGGGCUGUUGAGCCUGGAGAGGAGAAGGCUGAGAGGGGACCUGCUCAGUGUCUCCUGAUAGCUGAGGGGUGGGGAUCAGGCUGGAGGUGCCAGGCUCUGGGGGGUGCUGCCCCAAAGACAACUGGAUACAAGCUGGAAGCCAGCAGGUUCCACCUCGACAUGAGGAGGGUGUGAGGCUGCCGUGUAGAGAGGAUGUGAGGAUGAUGAAGGGACUGGAAGAGCUGUCUGAGGAGGAGAGGCUGAGAGCCCUGGGGCUGUUGAGCCUGGAGAGGAGAAGGCUGAGAGGGGACCUGCUCAGUGGCUACAAAUGGUGUCAGGAUGGGGCCAGGCUCUUUCCAGUGGUGUCCUGGACAGGAGGCACUUGAUCCAAACUGGAAGCCAGAAAGUUCCACCUCAACAUGAGGAGCCACUUGUUUGGUGUGAGGGUGCUGGAACCCUGGAGCAGGCUGCCCAGAGAGGUUGUGGAGUCUCCUGCUCUGGAGGCUUUCAAGCCCUACCUGGAUGUGUUCCUGUGUGCCCUGCCCUGGGUGCUCCUGCUCUGGCAGAGGGGGUUUGGACUGGAUGAUCUCCAGGGGUCUAACCCCUACCCUCCUGGGAUUCUGUGCCCAAUGUGCACGCAGGAAAAGGUGAAAUCAGGAGGGGAGACUUUGAGACCCAGCCUGGAGCAACCGAAGCAUGAAGAGCUGCCCAAGAGGAGUGUGCCACAGGG